CGAAGAGUAUGUUACAUGAGUAACGCGAUUCUUGUACAGUCAGCUUAGGUGUGAUGUUCGCAAUAAAUCCUCACCGAAACACAUUUAUAGUUUGGUGUAGAGCAUGAUUACAUAAAGAUAGCAUAGGCUACACAAAGCAAUGGCCAAGUCCCUUGACAUCAAAGCCACCGAAUACCAAAAGGACACAACAGAAUACGAGGACAACAAGAUGGCCGACCGGGACCAAAAAGUACACCUAUUGGCAACAACUGAGAAAACAGAUAACAGAUUAUCAUCUGCUGGAUAUCCGGUGGAUACAGGAUAUGCAUGGGUUGUCAUGAUAGCCUCGUUUUGCGUGCAGUGUUUGCUGGUUGGCUACAGGAAAUCAGAGGGCGUGGUUUUCGUGGCAUAUCAGUCCAAAUUUGGAUCAAGUGCUUCAUUGACGUCACUAGUUGGUUGCAUAAUGGAAGGAGUGAGCAGUCUGUCUUCAUUUUUCGUUAUGAGGUAUCUCAUCAAAAUUUGGAGUCCAAGGACGAUCUCGUUGAUUGGCUCGUUCUUCUUAACGGUGGGAGUAGCUGGUAACAGCCUAGCGAUCCGCUAUGAAUAUUUCUGCUUAACGGAAGGAGUUUGUUUCGGACUUGCCUACAGUAUGUUGUAUGGCCCAGCCUUCUAUGUCGUCACGCAAUACUUCGUGAAGCGUCGCCCCCUAGCGGUAACCUUCGCCUCGUGCGGCACAAGUUUGGGCGGGAUUAUCUUCCCUUUACUCAUCAACCAUCUGUUGGAUAACUACGCGUUUUCAGGCGGCCUACUACUCACAGCGGGGGUUCUGAUGCAUUCGUUUGUGUUCAGUUCGCUAUACACCCCCAUCGACAACUACCCCCGUAAAAACACUUCUUAUACUAAUAACUACUCUACUAUUCUAAAUAACACAACUCUAAAAAAAGAACCCGAUUUAACUUUAUGUUGUUAUAAUCGAAAUAAUAAUAAAACAUUGAAACAGAGCGAAGACGUAGAAAUGAUUAAAAUAAAUAAAGAUCCGGAUUUUUACGAAAAUCUCCGAUCCAAUCAGAUUCAAGCACCACAGCUGCAAACUUCGUUGACGAAUAUUUCAUCCAAUCAUUUAGUCACUAACUUAGCCAGUAAGACAAAACUAGAAUCGUCGAAUGGUUUUAAUAAAAACACGACGCUAAUAUCCAACAGACAAGUCGAUGAUGAUAUCGAAGAAGAAAUAACAAACGAGAAAUCGAUUACUGCGAGUCACACACACUACUUACCACCAAGUUGUGAGACCUCUAACGAGAAGGGAGAUAACCAAAACAAUUCACCAAAACAGAAAUCACCUCCCUUGGAUUCUUUAUCCAACGUUUUAACUACACCACACGCAUUGUCUGAAAAUAAAUUACCAGACGAUGGAAUGUUCGAGAAAGCUGUGAGUACGGACAAGACCUCGUCUAUCAGAAGUAACGAGGUACCGGACACACAAGAUGAAUCAUCGACCGCUGGUAAAAGCAUGUUGAUUAGGUCACUCAGCUUUUGGGCUCUGAUUCUGUUUUAUUUCUGUGCAAUGGCGGGACACUCGUUACCCGCCAUUUUCCUCCCCGCCUUCACGAAAGAGCGGGGCUUCACGGCAGCAGACGGCGCGUUCUUCGCGUCCCUCAUGAACGUCCUGGACAUCCCGGCGCGCAUCAUAGGGGGCGUGGUUGUCAACUUCCGGCUACUCCGCCCCACCACCUUCUGCAUCGGCCCCAUGUUGGUGGUCGGCGUAGUGGGGAACCUCAUGACUGUCUGUACAAGCUACGAGUCUAUCCUGUGUAUGGCCAUCACAUACAGCCUGUGUCUUGGUAGUUUUUUCUCGAUGCAUACCUUGAUCGCCAUCGACGUUCUGGGAUUGAAGAACUUUCCACCUGCCAUUGCCGUUUACUACCUGACCAUGGGCGUGGGAUCUGCUCUGUCGUACCCCGUAGCAGGGUUACUAAAAGACCUUACGGGGACCUACAAUAACAGCUUUCAUUUUAUUGGGUCGUUGAACAUUGUUGCCGUCUUUGUGUUGGCCCUUGUCAUACCGUACACAGAAAGCUAUGACGUCAGACGCGGAGUGCUGUCGCCAAGGAAAGAAUAGACCAAUGUUUAUCAUUUUUCUUAUACUUAAUCGG